AUGUCUCUGGGAAGGGGCGGUGCCAUGCUCAUUGUGGUUGCACUACUUAGCCUUGUGGCUCACUUUGAGCCAGUUCAUGGGGCAAAUUUUACAGUUGGUGACAAAGGUGGUUGGACCUUUAACGUGAGUGGUUGGCCUAAUGGCAAGAGCUUCAAGGCUGGUGACAUACUUGGUAAGUUUUUUUUUUUUUACCUAGUUUUUCUCUUAAAAUAUCAUUUUUUCUCUGUUUACGUGACUCCCAUGUAUCAGUUAAUCUAUGAUAGAGCUCAUCACGAUGUGAUUGUGGUAAACCAGGAUGACUAUAACAGUUGCAAGACUUCACUCGAUUCACCGGCGUUCCAAACGGGAGAUGACCAUAUACCGCUUGCAAAGGGACAUAAUUACUUCAUAUCUAAUUUUCCGGGGGAUUGUGUUGCUGGUGUUAAGAUAGCCGUCAAUGCUAAAUAA